GGAGGAAAAUGUUUUGGUUUUUUUGAGGGUAGCUGAUACACGAGUCAGUGGGAUUCUGUAUUUAAACCUUUUAAAAAAUCAGGAAAUCUCUAUAUUACUAUAAUUCCUAUUGAAUUGUGUUCUGUAUAUUCUUAGUGGUGUCGAUCACUAACAUUUGGGGAAAACAUCAAUUCAAUACGUUUCCAUAUAUAUUAUAAUUCUCUUUGUUCAAUACGCUACGAGGGGAAAAAAAAGAGAGUCAACUGUCACUCAAGAACUGUCUUAACGUAGUGGUUAUAUUCUCUAUGGAACUGUCAAAUCCCCUUCGUUUAUCUUCUCCCAUUAACAAAAGUCUUCAUCAUAAAGACAUUCAACUUUAAUACCCAGAUUAAUACCUCAGUAAUCUGCAGUCUGAAACAACGUGACAUUGGCGGAAUAGCUUCAUAAUCAAGCUCGUCGCCAGUAAUCAAAGAAGAAGAAGAAGAAGAAAAUGUUUUGGUGUAAGGAAUAAAACAAAAAGUGGGCGACUGUUUCGAAUAAAAAGUGAUUAACUCAUUCAAAUUAUUUAAUGUGGCAUUGAGUUAUGAUAAACGUCUGCAUUUAUACCAAAAAUGCAUUUUUCUAUACCAGAUUUGCAACAAUUUCACGACGACAAUGGGAUAUCUUACACGGGCUACAACAUAUACAUUGAUGGAGUCUUCCACUGCACAGCGCGAUACAAGCAGUUACUCAGCCUGCAUGAACAAUUGCAGGCUCAGAAUCCAUACUUGAAGUUGCCACAGUUUCCACCCAAAAAAUUGUUCCUUACUAGUUCACAAUUGGAAGAAAGAAGAAUCCUGUUAGAAAAAUACAUACAAAUGGUGGGGCAAAAUCCAAUGCUGGCGAAUUCAGAUCUGUUGAUAACAUUUCUAUUCUCCGCCCAACAAGAAACGCACAGUGUGAAAAUGCAUGAAGUGGAUAUAGAAAUCUCACUCAUGAAUGGUUACCGAAUACCAUUAUCCGUUUCCUCAACUGACUCAUCAAGCACUAUAUUAGAUAUUGCAUGUAACUAUAUAAACUUACCAAAAGAGUUGAUGAAAUAUUUUUCCUUAUAUCUCUUUAAUUGGAGCUGUGCAAAAGAUGGUCAGCCAUCAUUAAAAAAGUUGGAAGAGUAUGAAUCUCCAUACAUAUCUCAGAAGUAUGUUAGGCCAGAGGAUAAAAUUGUUCUCAGGAAAUGCUAUUGGGAUCCAUGCUAUGAUGUGGAUCUGAUGAUUGAUAAGGUUUCCCUUGACUUGCUUUAUUUACAAACAAUUGAAGAGUUGGACCUAGGGUGGAUAACUGCAGAUGCACAAACAAAAGAUAUCUUGGCCUCUUAUGCCAGUAAGAAACAGAAAAGGGAGUACAUGGAACUAGCGCGAACUUUGAAGCAUUACGGCAGAGUGCCGGCGGGGGAGGCAGUGACGGAUUCAGUAAACGUGUUUGGGGUGACUGGCGGCAGCGGGGCGGGGCGCGGGGACGCGGCGUGUCGCGUGCGCGUCGCACUCGCCUCCAAGGAGCUCACGCUCGUCAGCGUGGCGCAACCCUCGCGCGAGCAGCGGUACAAGGUCACCAGGAUGAGGUGCUGGAGGAUUACCACUUUACAUGCCAUCGAGAGACCGCAAACAAACGGCCAUGGGCCGCUGAUCGACGAGUCAAACAAAAACUUUGAGUUGUCGUUUGAAUAUCUCAUUAGUAAGGAUAACUUGAUAUGGAUAACCUUACGGACCGAGCACGCGACCUUUAUUAGUGUUUGUUUGCAGUCGAUAGUGGACGAGCUGAUGCGGCAGAAGAGCGGCGCGGGGCCCACCUCGCCGCGCGGCAAGCGAGCCAGCCUCACCUACCUGCGCCGCGACGGCUCCAGCCAACUCAUCACGCCCUCCUCCUCCAGCGACACGCUCAGCUCCGCAAAUGAAGAUUCGUAUAAUUCUGGCAGUUCACGAGAAAUAUUUUCCGUGCAAAAAUUGACUGAGAAGUUUGCCUCCGUCGCCUUCAAGACUGGCAAGGAUUGUGUAGAGAACAACGCUUUUGAAGCGAUAGGCGACGAAGAACUAUAAGGUAUUUGCAAAACAUAAUGGUUGAAUAUUGUCCAAAGAAGACACUGAAGGUAAAGUUGCCAACAAUGUAUAUUUGUAUAAUUAAAUGCGUAUAUCGUAUAUGUAAAUUUACUGUACAGAUGUUUUAUAUAUCGUCUUUUAGAUAGAUAUACGAGUACGUUAACUAAUAUUACGUAAGCGUAUAUAAAAUUUUGUAAAAAAAUUUAAAGUUCCAAAAACGGUCACUUUUUGUGGACCAAACUAUUUACUUGUUCGUUAGAUGAUUAUAUUUUACACUUUUUAUUAAAAGUAAGUCGAUGAUCUUUAUAAAAUCAUUAUAUUGGCUAUGAAAUUAGCGAAAUAUUUCUUUUUUAGAUCAUUUUGCCAUUAUUUGUAUUUAUUUUAAAAAGACACUAAAUAUUUCCAUAGGUGUACUUUAAUACUACGUAAUUUAUCUUUGUAUGAAAACAUAUCGUCGCCGGCGAAUAAUAGAGUAACACUAAACAUUACUGUAUUAGUAAAAACAAUUUAUCAAUACUAUUUUACGAUUUAAAUGUGUCCAAUAUAGAUAUCAAAUUUUAACAUACAUAGGAUAAAAUAGAUAAUUACAAUGUUUCUUUGUUGUUACAUUAUUUGCUGGUUUUAAUGCUUUAAAAUGAUCUUUUAUCUUUUUUUUUACCAAUAAAAACAUAAAACCAUAAGCAUUUAUAUACUUAAAUCAUAAAGUGAUGUUUUUUAUUUGCUUUUAGAUGAUUUUUAUUUCUCUCUGUGUACCAAAUAUGUUUUACCUACCUUUUAUAAUAUGAACCUUUAUUAAUUCUUAAUUAAUAUUAAUUCACGGAGAUUAUACAAGUUUUAUUUUUAAAUUAUUUCUAUUUUAUACUUAUAAUUUUAUUUUUAGUUAGGGAAUUUGCUCAGUCUAUAUAUGUAAACAUUUUUAAAAUCUAGUAUAGGACAUAAUAAAUACAAUACAGGUCAAUGUCUAUAUCCGAAUAAUUUUAAACUAGCUUAGAUUAAAUCUUAAUGUGAUGGUAAUCUCUACUACUGUGUUAUAUGUAAUAUGGCCUUCAAUUUUACCAAAAAAAAAACUGCAACUAUGUAAAUUUUGUAUUGAUUUAUUUUAAAAAAAAAUCAUCUUUAUUUGGUCAAUUUUUUAAUGUAUAAUUAUGCAGUGUUUUAAAUAGUUAUCAUAUAUGUUUAUUGAAUUUUCGUACAGUUUAUUGCUGUAUCUAAUUUAAUGGGACCAUAUUUGGCUUUAUUGUGUAGCUUUGCUCCUAUUUAUUCAGAGGCCAUAAUAAAAUAUAUAUACUUCGUUUUUUGCCAUAUGUUAUAAUGAAUUAUUCUUAAUUGUUUACUUUCAUCUUUUAUAUAUACAUAUUAUAGAAAGUAAAGUUUUUUUUUAUCUA